UGUUCAAGUGUCCCUGUAAGUCAUGACAGUGAGUCAGCAUGCACAAUGCUAGAACCCUGAGCCAUCAUUCGUUUCAUUAUCUAGACCUGUGCUUUUCCUAAUAUGACAUGUCAGAAUGUCUUCCAUGAAAAAAGGCCAACUUAGCCUGAUGGAUAAGUUUUGCAUGUCAUGGCUUGCCAACUGUCAGAGCAUCUGAACCUUGUGAACAACUUUUUUUUUUUUUUUUAAAUAGGAAGCAAAGAGAAAAUGACAGUGUAGUGGGUCUUGCAUUUAACCACUCAGCUGAAGGAAAGAUUCAUGAUGUCUGUCAAUUAUUUACUGUAUAACCUGCUUGAAACAAUCUGUGUGUCCCACCUGAAUGCCUUUCAACCUUUGCUUGACCACAAUGAGCUGGGUGAGUGUGCUGAAAUUGUGAAGCUACUGUUUGUCUGGUAUUCACCAGAUAGUGGGACAUGUUGAUUUUAAUACUCACAUUUUUUUUGCAUUGCUGAUAUCUUGCUACCUGUGGGUAGAAUUAUUAUUUCAGUCAACUGCGCAGACACACUAAAAGUAUACAUAACCACGCAUACCUUUUGAUAAGAGGGAUAUUUUACACUCAUAUGUUCUUUGUGUUAUACAUUUCAGUAAGCAUCCUUAUAUUGGACAGCUUGUUUUAACAGCUGGUGUAGGCUGUGUUUAUAUACUAAGGGAUGGAAUAAUAACCAAUAUGAUAAUAUUCUGAUUAAAAACAAUUUCAUUGUAGUUUGUACUAGACAAUGAGGGUAAUGUACACCACACUUGUGUGCUAAAUACACAUUUAUAGCUGAAGAUGAAGAAAGACAGAAAUAAGAUGUGUUGGACCUUCUCAGCUUAAAUAAAGAAUAAAUAGUCAGGAUAUCAACCCUCAGGAUAUUUACUUUUAGGACUGAAGGGGGAACAAAUGCAGUGUCUAUCAUUGCAGCUCAGUUUAUCAGGUUCUGUGAUAUACAAAAUGUACAUUGGAAGAUUCACGCAGAACUGUUUUCUAAGUAUUCAACAUUUGGACAUAGAUGGGAUGCCCCAAAUUAUAUUUAUUUAGUCACAAAGGCAUGAUGUUAGACACUAGUGUCCUGUCUACCCAAGCACAGAGUGCCAUGUCUACUGCAGCUCUGGCCCUUUUUCCUAACUGAGUAAGGUUUGUGUCAGGGCUAUGAUUUUUGUUUUCUGCUCUUGCCUCCAGUUACACAACACUGACCUCACACCUACUUUUGUUUGUUUUAGGAUGUAGGAACUAUCAAAGUGUGGAGGAGCUUGUAGCAAUGCCAUGUUUGUAAGGUGAUAGAGUGAAUCACUAACUUCUCAUCAGUAAAUCACAGAUCAUUUUUGAUAUAUUAUGUAAAUCAGUUCAAUUCUAGCUGAUGAACAACAAAUUAUUGGACACAUCAGUUCUGCAAACAGAUUGUAAUCCUUUACCUUGAUAAAUUUAGUCUUCCACUGUGACAUAAAAUCGAGCCCCGUGUCCAUUCAUUGACAACAUCAAAGAGUAGUAACGCUUUCUAGGGAGGAAUACAUUGUUGCUUUCAAGUGUUCCUCUGAAGUUCUAAACUGUAAUUUUGAAAGGCACAAACACUGAAUUACACUCUUAUAUUUAGCCUCCAGUUGAAACACAUAAGACCCUGACAGACGUACAACUGGCCUCCUAGACACUUCUGAACGCACAGGUUAGCUAAAAUUUGGGUUUUUGCUGUGUAUCAUCUUGUUUCGUACCAGAUUGGUCGCUAUGGUAACCCAGCUGGGUAACAAACAAAUAGACAGCGCAUGCGCGAGGGGGAAAAAAAAGGCUAUUCAAUUGACUACAUUUAUGCCUAUUCCACCUAUUAAGACAACCAGUUUUUAUUUUCUGUUAUUGAACGAUUAUGUGGGGCAAAUUGUAGUUUAUAGUAGAGUCAGAGACGGUUGAGAAAGGACGGAGACUGUUCACUUUCAAUUGUUCUCGUAACUGUCACUUGGGUUUCGCCACCUCCCCGCCCAUUUAGCAACCAGUAACAGGUCCGAAUCAAUUCAUUCCAACGGGAGAAGUGAUCACACAUUUCGCCCCCACAGUUACCGAAAUAAAUAUUGGACACAUUUUUCUAAAGCAGAUAAAAACGAGCGGCAAAAAUCAAGCGCAAAUUCAUACUGUAUCUAGUGUUGUAUUGUGUUGUUAUGUUUUGACUUGAAGAAGCAAUCACGACUACGCCCACUUAGGAGACAGGAAUUGUAUCCCAUUAUACCAUUGACCCUGCGUGUAGACAGUAGAGAGUAUAGAGGAUCAUUGGUGUAAUCAAAGGUCCUCUAUACAAAUUUCUCUAGAUUUCUCUACUGAUUCUGGUGUAAUGCGUUAUCUUAUGUAUAGAAUAUCUUUGGUACAGUGUGAAUUAUCACGGGUCAACGAAUUACGUUUGUAAUGACGUAGCCUUCCCCUUCCUCCUGGGCAGCUCGAGUAAAAAUGGCGGAUGGGUGACCAAUUGUGUGGUUGUGAUACGCUGGGUAAAUAACAGGAAACAAAAGCAACCAAUUUAAUAUUUAGGUGUCUGGCGAGGAUGGGUCGGUUCGCUGUUAAUGUAACAGGUUUCUGGAUUCAAGACAAAGUUUCGGACCGUUAGCCAUUGCAGACAAAGUACAGCAGCUUGUGUCUAACGUGGUUAAGUGAUAAGCGAAAGGACCAGUACAGCAUCACACAAGACUUUCUGAUCAAGGACAUCUUUAAGCUGCUGCCAGCCAUCUUCAAAUAUGACCGACUAUCUGACAAGAGGGUUCAGGGCCCACCUGACCACAGCCAUGGAUUAUGUCCUGAGGAAAGCUCUGGUUGACAUAAUGAGGAUCUUUGAGAGCAGCCUCCAUGACCAUCAAAUGGAGCUGUUGCAGAAAGGAGAAGAGGUUGCUCAGCUUAAAACAAAGUUGCAGACAGCAGAAAUCAAGCUGAGAGAACUUGAGCGUGGAGGUGACAGAGGAGUGGAGCUGAACAAAACUCAGACAAAUGAAGUGCAAAAAGAUCCUGAAGUUGUUCUGAACCCCUCUGGACAAACUUCUGAUAUUCCUGAGAUUGAUUUUGAAGUGCCUGAUGACUGGUGUGCUCCCCUGGGUUGUGAGACCAUGAUCAAGCAAGAUGAUGGUGUUUGUCCUAGUGUAAGACUGCGCCCAUUGUUGAUUCCACUGUGGCGCAUUCCAAUCAUCAAGCAGGAGGUGGCGGACUGUGACAUUGACUCCCACCAGCAAAGAAAGGGUCUCAGGAGAUCCAGGAGAGGUUCCUCAUUAAACAAAGGGCGCAAACACACUCGGGACAAAAUCUUACCAAUGCAUAACCAGGGAAGUCGACGUAAACCAGUGAGAAGUGACAUGAAAAAAUUGCUCCAAGACAUCAAACAAGAAUAUUCUAUCCAAACAGGCAGUAUAUGUCUUAGAAGAAGAGGGAGAAAUUUAACAGGUAAUGAGCAAGAAAAUACUUUGAAGAGAAGAGGAGAGGAACGUAAAAUCACAGUGGCUGAGUCUAAGCCUACAGAACAGGAGACAGUAGAAAAUAACGGUGAGAAGAAGUAUACCUGCAAAUUUUGCAAGAAGGUAUUUGAUACUGUGUUUGGCCGAAAUGUGCACGUACGAUCACACAAGAGGUGCAGAGGUUGCAAAAAAGAGUUCCCCUUUCCGAGUGUUCUCAGGUGUCAUAAAUCAUCUUGCGAAAAACUCAAGAAAUUGUUAGCAAAAGAAGCACUGCGCACUAACCCCCCAAAGCCUGAGUCCCAUGGUGAAGAAAAACCAACUCUACCAAGCAAAAUACAGGUGUGCAUUAUAAAGGAAAGCUCACCUUCUUCUGGCAACCACCAUGUAUCAUCGAUCCAGAACAAUGGAUCCACCAAAAGGCAUUCCUGUGUAUACUGCAAAAAGAAAUUUCAAGCACUCUUCAGGCUCAAGGAGCACAUGCGUGUUCAUACUGGUGAAAAACCGUUUUCUUGCAGCAUGUGCCCAAAGAAAUUCCGCAUUAAUCAGUCACUCAAAAAUCACAUACUGAGAAUGCACCAGAACCAAAAGGUGAGCCAAAUGGACACUUUGCAUGGACCAAACCUUUAGAGGACACUGAAGAUAAUCAAGAGGAUUUGAUUUCUCCCAGCAAAGACACAAGUAACGCAAUCGACAUCAACAAUGUUAAGGAAGAAUGCGGUCCAGGCGUAAGGCUGAGCUAGAGAUGGCAAACUCUAAUGGUGUCAUCAUCUCAUUGUGUCAAAAGUUCAUGAAAACCAAACGCGCCUUGAUUGAACACUUUCGCAUUCACACAGGAGAGAGGCCCAUCAAAUGUUAGAAGUGUCCUGCAAAGUUUUGCACUGGUCAGCAACUAUAAAUACGCAAAAAAAAAGGUCCCGUUAUCCUGUGCCGCAGUGUGAGAAAUGUCAGAAGAAAUUUGCAUCAAAAGUAAGAUAUAAUAAGCAUGUGUCUGAUUGUGUAAAGGACCGGCCAAAUGCCUGUAAGGUUUGUGGAAAAGGCUUUAUGACUAAAGGACGCCUCAGGAACCUCAUGCAGUGUUACCACAACUAAACCCAUGUACAGUUGGCAUCGAAUCUCUGUGGACAUUGAAACACUGGAUGUUGUAAUUUAUGCUCUGAUUGAUGAUUGGAUUUAUUAUUUUGAGAUGUAAUCUUAAAUUAUAUAAUAAUGGUAUUCCCCAUCUCUGUCAGUUAUUAAAACAGUACUGUAAAUCUUUUGCCAUCACUGGUGUCAAGAAAUGGCAAGUCAGCAAAAUAGAAUUAUGAUGGCAAAUUGAAAAAAAAAGAAGCAUACUUUAUUGAAAGUAUUUGUCCAAAUACAUGUAGCAGUAUGGAAUAGGACAACCACAAAAUGAAUGCUAUAGGUCUUUUGAUACUGACUUUUGUAAUUUAAUUUCACACUUAUUGUGUCAUUUCAGUAUAAAGUAAGAGCCCAGAGGUAAAACUUCAGUGUCUCUGUCCAUGUCCGCAGGGCUCCAGUCCACCAAGUAAUCCUGCUCUACCAUCAUCAUUUGUUACUUGUUUUAAAAACGUCACAGAAAAUUCACUAAUAAUGUGAAAAACUGUUUAUAUUGAGGUGGGGGAUGGAUAAAACCUAUCACACAAAAUAUAAUUUUAUAUUGUGAUAUGGACACACGUGAUAAUGAAUUCGAUUAAGAAAGCAUUUAUGGAAAAAGCAGUGUAAUGAAAAUGGCUAAUUCAGUGUACACUGACAAAGCAAGGUAUUUCAUCACAUUGAUGCAAACGUCAUGUAAAACCAAUAUUGCCUUAAAUCAGACCUCUUUGACUACUUUAUUGGCCACAAUGGUCUAGUACAUACUAAAGAAUAGCCACCUCUGUAAAAGCUGUAUAACUUAAUUUCUAACUGUUAAAAAUCUGUCACCUUGCAGUAUACAGUGUUUCAUCAAAUUAAGAGUAAAUGUUCAGCUGUCUGUAUGUAUUACUCUACUGUUUCAGCAGAAUUUGAGAAACUGCAUCAUUCCAGCAAUCUCUCAGAUCACCUUGAGUGUCUGGUGAUGUGAUUGGUUAUGGACUCAGACUUUUGGGAGCAGCUUUGCAAUGUUUAUUGUAUUGCUUUGACCAAAUGUAAUUGUUAUCCUGUAAAAUCUCUCCUGUUUGACAGAUGUCUGAAAAAUAUUGCAAACUCAAAGUUAGCUUGUUAUUUCAUCUGAUGCUUGAAUUCUGAACCAAGUUGGAACAAAAGAGGGUAGACGUGAUAUACAUAAUUUACUUUUGUAACAAUUCUAAACAAAGGUGGUUUUAUUUUGUAUGAUUUGUAUUGGUUUUUCAUCGAUCCAGUAGUUGUAGUAACUACUAGUAGUAGUAGCAGCAGUAGUUGUAUGAAAAAACCUUUGUUCUAUUUUUCUCUAAUAAAAGGGGUUUAUAAUAGUGUUGCUAGACUGAGAAAUUAUCAACAUUACCCCAAUAAAAAAUCCAUAUUUUA